AUGAAGACGGCGAAGAAAGGUGAGAAAAUGGCAAAUUACGCAUCGAUGAAACCAAUGACUCUUGACGACACGCUAACACGAUAUCAAGUUGACCAAUUCAAAUCUGCCAAAGGAUCAAAGCAAGUUCCUUUCGAGAAAUUGGAUUUCUCAAUAUACAAGCCCUCGGCUAACAUGGUAGCCUAUACAACGUCCGAAGAACGAAUCCUACUAUGGAUUAAAGCUCUAUAUCAAAGAUAUAUUAUCGACCUUCAAAAGACCAAUGGCGCAAACAUGUGGUCACGCUGGGAAGAACAAGAAUCAUAUAACGACACAUCUAAAUGUGACAAAGUAAUCCUUUAUUUUGAGCAUAACUCAAGCAGUAUAAUCUCAAUAACAAUCUACACUAGUACUGGCAGAAUCCAUAUUCAAGGACAAGAUCGAGUCCUUAAAGAAUGGGGGAAUAUUGAAUUUCCUGCGCUACUCGCUACAACUUACUCGAACUUAUUAGACUUCCUCAAGCUAAUAACGACACCAAGUACUAUAAGCAAUUUAACUAGCACUCCAGAGGAGAAAACAUCGAAAGACAUGAAGAAUGAAAAGAAAAAUGAAGAAAAAACGACCCCACAAAUUAUACAAUCACCUGACACGACACCACGUGAAAGAUUUUUCUAUGUGGUUAAAUCCAACCUGGCCACAUUAGAAUCGGACUUUGUGGAACUUAAACAAGAUCUGCUAAAAAAGAUCGAAGAUGCUUUUGAUCUAAUUAAAAGUAAGGAUGAAGAAAUAACUGAACUCAAAGAAAAAUUGAACAGUGAAGAAUCAAAGCAAAAUGCCAUGCAACAAACAAUAAGUGACUUGACCCUGAUGCUACAUGAUCAGAAAGAUGAAACAUCAAAACUGAAAACAUCUGUUAAGAAAAGUCAAAGUGAAUUUGUUGAACUAAAAAUAAAAAUAAACACUCUUUCUUCAAACACUCACAAUGUUCCAGAGCAGCCCUCAAAGAACACUGACAGCCAACACAACAAAACCUCCACCUCUGAAACCACAAAUAUUCCUACAUCCAACAAAUAUUCGGUACUUGAUGACGAGUCCUCUGAGAAAAAAGAAAACAACCCCAGAGAAAAUGAAGGCACCCUAAACACACCUAACAACGAACAGUUUCAUACAAAAAUAUGCAGUAGCGAGACUGUGAUACUCUGUGAUUCAAAUGGCCAGAUGAUAGACACCAAGCUGUUAUGUCCUGAUACAACGUGCACAUAUAUAAGAUGCCCAACAUUUCCAACUGCCAACGAAAUAAUCAAACAAACCCAUUUCGUAGGAACAAAAACUGUAAUCCUACACAGCGGAACGAACGACCUUGAAACAGCUUCAGAUGAUGAGUCGUUAUCCUCAAGUAUUGUAAAUGUAGUGGAAGCCAUCAUACAGAAACUACCUAACUGUAAGAUAAUUGUUUCAUCAUUACUCCCAUGGCUAGACAAACUCCAUCACAACAUUGGCAUUGUUAACCAACUGGUGAAAGACAAACUUCAACAUAAGAAAAAUGUCCACUUGAUAACCCACAACAACCUUUUCCCCCUCAGACAACCAUCUUCGCGAUAA